AUGAAUUUUAAUAACAUUUACAUAGUUUUACUCAGCUUUUUACCGUUUAUUAAUGCAAGUGUUCUUUCAGGAAUAUUGCUAGGACCCAAAGUUUAUGAAGCAAAUCCAGAUGCCAAAAGACUGUAUGAUGAUUUAUUGUCAAAUUACAAUCGGCUUAUACGGCCUGUUGUCAACAAUACAGAAACUCUUACUGUUUGGUUGGGGUUGAAAUUGUCACAAUUAAUAGAAAUGAAUUUAAAAAAUCAAGUUAUGACUACUAAUGUAUGGGUAGAACAAAAAUGGUUUGAUUAUAAAUUACAAUGGGAUCCAAUGGAAUACGGUGGAGUUGAAAUGCUUUAUGUCCCUUCAGAAAAUAUUUGGUUACCAGAUAUAGUUUUAUACAAUAAUGCUGAUGGAAAUUAUGAAGUAACAUUAAUGACCAAAGCAACAUUAAAAUAUAAUGGUGAAGUCUACUGGAAGCCUCCAGCAAUUUACAAAUCAUCAUGUGAAAUAAACGUUGAAUAUUUUCCAUUUGAUGAACAAUCUUGUCUGAUGAAAUUUGGCUCCUGGACUUACAAUGGUGCUCAGGUGGAUUUGAAACAUAUGCAACAGCAACCAGGUAGUAAUUUAGUAGCAACGGGUAUCGACUUAAACGAAUUUUACCUCUCAGUCGAGUGGGAUAUUCUUGAAGUACCAGCUUCACGUAAUGAAGAAUAUUACCCUUGUUGUGUCGAGCCGUACUCAGAUAUUACAUUUAAUAUAACAAUGCGCAGAAAAACACUUUUUUAUACAGUUAAUCUUAUAAUACCGUGUGUGGGAAUUACCUUUUUAACAGUUUUGGUAUUUUAUCUACCAAGCGAUUCUGGAGAAAAGGUCUCAUUGUGUUCAUCAAUUUUGCUGUCAUUGACAGUGUUCUUCCUCUUAUUAGCAGAAAUAAUUCCGCCAACAUCACUAGCCAUUCCGUUACUCGGAAAAUAUUUAUUAUUUACCAUGAUAUUAGUGACACUGUCAAUUUGGAUCACUGUCGUCGUAUUAAACGUUCAUUUUCGAUCACCAACGACUCAUAAAAUGUCCAAAUGGGUAAGAAAAUUAUUUCUCCAUUGGAUGCCACGACUCUUGAUGAUGCGACGAACUCCUUACGCUACUCCAGAGUAUACUGACAUUUACGGAGAUAACGAAAGCGAAUACACGACAGACAUGAAAGAAAAUCCAGAUGAAAUGGACAGAGUUACGCUGGGUUACAAGAAUAUGGAAGACGAAGAUGGACAUCCUCAUGGCUCUAGCCAUGACAGUGAUAAUAUCCUGCUCAAACAUGUAAUUGAAGAUUGGAAGUACGUUGCAAUGGUACUAGACAGAUUUUUCCUGUGGGUGUUCACGAUCGCAUGCACAGGUGGAACAGCUGGAAUAAUAUUACAAGCUCCAAGUCUCUACGACACGCGAGUCGCACUAGAUCAAAAUCGAUCUCCGGGAAUUCCUAUGCGCCAGGGUAAAGACAUGCGAACUGUUGGUAUUGGAGAGAUCGACAGUAUUUUGAAUAAACAAUAA